UUUCUCUUCCUUGUUUGGGUUUCUGCUACCGAUUCACCAUCUCAUGUAACCUUGCUCCUUCAAAACGCACCCGUAUCGGUCGAUUCUAAUUUACACUGUUUGUGCGUACCACCUGUUCGAUGAAAUGCCACCCACAUUUAUCUACUGAGUUUUUUUUUUUUUUUUUUUUAAUUGGGUGGCUACAACUAUGGUGGGUUUAGUUUUUGGUUUGUCUACUAGUUUCUUUCUGAGCUGCCCAUAGGGUUCAUAUGGUCUGUGUUCUUCAGGGAAGGGGGAGGGGCGUUCAGAUGUCUUUGUUUAUUGGCAAUCUAUCAGCUCGCACCCGCGGAGAUAAUCUUCAGCGUGUCUUUAGGAAGUUUGGACAAUGUAUGUUAAAUCUGAAAGAUCGCUAUGGGUUUGUAGUAUAUGAUUUCCCGCAAGAUGCUGAGAAUGCUUUAAGAGCACUACAGGGUAGGAAUGUCUGUGGGGAGCCUUUAAUACUAACAUGGUCAAAAAAGCAGCCUAUACCUUUCCAGGGACAUCAAAGAGUUGUUAGAUCCUACGCGUUACAUGGGAGGCAUUCUGCCAGGAGGAGAGGUUUUGCUAGUAGAAGAAUGAGUUCAAAUGACUGGAGAGAUUACAGAUCGGAUAUAAAUCAACCAGAUACUGAUGGUGAAAAGCUUGGUUCUGUGUAUAUGCUCAAUGGAGGCAGAGGUGACCCUAACAAGUAUGCUAAUGAUGAUGGUAGAGAACAUCAUGAUUUGACGGAAGGUCUGCCGGUUGAUGGUGUUGCCAAACUGGUGGACACUGCCAAUCAGAUUGAUAAUGAGGUGGAAUUUGACAGAUAUGAACCUUCCCAAAGUCAUGAAGGGGAAGAUGAACAUGAAAACUGUCAGAUGGCAUAUUCUGGUUGUGGUUCUGUUCCACAAAGACCUCAAGAGAAUGCAAGGACAGUGAAGAUCAGUGACACUACUUUGAACCGUUUUAAUGAUUUAAAGUCGCAGAAUGGUUGCUUCAGCUGUGGGGAUUUGGGACACAAGAUCCGUGACUGUCCCAGAAAAUACUCAUCCGGAAGAAAGCCUAAAAGGUUUGACCAUAGGCAGCAUGAUGCCAUUGGUAAAAUUAGUAGUGGUGAAGCUGAACUAGAAAGGUUUGGAUCCAUCUCAUUGGAGAAGCUGCGGUUGAAUAAGGAUAGUGCUUCUGGGCACAGGAAGAGUAUGAGGGCAAGUGAUUCAGGAAAGAGUAAGGCAACUGACAGGACCCAAAUGAAGGAUCGUGGAGGAAAGAAGAGAAGUAGAUGGGAAGGCGAAUCUCCAAAAAGGCAUAGUCCUAAGAAAGCAAGGUCAGUUUUAUCACCACCUCAUUCUGAUUACCCUGCAUCCAAGUCUUGUGCAGCUUCUCAAUCAUCAGAGUCUGUGUCAAGGUGUAGUAGUUCCAGAGCUGGGUCACAAUCAGUAUUUAUGAGGGCACAGUCCUUGUCAUCUGACUCAAGAUCCAGCUCAAAAUUGAUAAGGUCCAAGUCUAGGUCAAGGUCAAGCUCCUUUACUUCAUCGUCUGAAUCACUAAGCCGAUCAUCAUAUAAGGCACAUGUAGAUCUUAAAUGCCCUGUGUAUAAAACUAAAACUCCCAAAUCCAAGGAGAUUCUGCUUGAGAAGAGACAGCCAAUAGGAGGUGAUGCCCAGAGGGUUCAAAAUCCAGGUUCUGAUGCUGCUGGGUGUUCGUCUGCACAGGGUUCAAAAGAGAAGGUUGAUCCAGAAAAUUCUGGUGGACUGGUUGUGGGGGAAGCUCAUUUGAAGGAGCCAGCUUCAGAAAUGCACGUCAAUUAUUGCAAUGGCAAUUCAACAUGCAUAUCCUCAGAGGAAAUGUGCAUGGUUUUGAAGCACCAUGGCAUGGAACUUCCGGAAGAAAGUGAAAGGCAUUUACCGAUAGAGGAGUAUCUUGGUUCUGCUCGCCUUUGGCCAUGGGAGAUCAUCUAUUACAGGAGGCUGAAAAAAGGCCUCGUUUCGGUUGAGAACUAUGCCAGGCGAGUUUCUCAGAACCAAGAGUUUGGCAUCAUUGAUAAGUACGUCCGAAGUAGUAGUGGAUGGGGAGAAAUAGAUGAGGAAAACCCUUGAAAGGUAAACCAUUAAAGUGCCAAGUUAUUUUUGUUAACGUAGGUAGUACUUGACAGUUCUCUAUCUUGAACUUCACAAGCUGCAACUGAAGUGGAUUUCUCAUGAAGUUUUGAACAGGUAAUUUUGAUGAAUAUAUUCUCUAUUGUAAUUAAUUAAUUUAGUCCCCGACAAUGAAUUGCAGUGACCUUAUGACGUGAUAUCUUUCCUCAAUCAUUUGUAUGAUGCUGGUGGAUGGCAAAUUUUCUGUAAUACAGGUUUUGGAAGGGGAUGAUAACAAAUUUGGAAUUUCAUUCUUCCUGAUCUAAUGUGGCUUUCUCUAUUA